AUAUCUUCUACACUGGAACUUACACCAGAAUCUUCGGCUGAUCUUUUAUUAUAUUGCAGCUCACCUAACCCAUUGGCUGUGUUGCUGACGGUUUACCCGCAACCUCCUUCCACCUCGCGCCAAUGACUACAAUGAUCGUGCUCAUUACUGGUUGCAGUGAAGGUGGCGCUGGCGCGGCCUUGGCGAAAGAAUUUCAUUCUCGCGGCCAUCGGGUCUUCGCCACGGCUCGCAAUGUCUUGGGAUUAGCUUCGCUGGAGGCCCUGGGAAUCGAAACCCUGCCGCUGGACGUCACCGAUCAGAUAUCUCGAGACACGGCCGCGGCGACUAUUUCAAAAUUAACGGGAGGAAUCCUCCAUAUCCUCAUCAACAAUGCGGCCGUGUACAGCCUCAUGCCUCUCGCCGACACGAACCUGGAGGAUGCGCGUCAAGUCUUUGAGGCCAACGUCUUCGGGGUGCUGGCCGUGACGCAGGCGUUCCUCCCUUUGCUCAUCAACGCGGCUGGCACUGGGCUCGUGGCAAAUGUGAGCAGCAUAUCUGCCGGGCUGUGCCCACCCUGGCAAGGCAUCUACUCAGCCAGCAAAGCCGCCCUUACGGCGAUGGGGCAUACGAUGCGGCUAGAAUUCGCGCCACUAGGAGUGCGUGUCACCACAAUCAUAUCUGGUGGAGUGGACACACCGCUCAAGCGACAGGCCGCAUUCGUCCCGGCAGGAAGCUACUACAGCUCCUUAGCAAAUUCUAUUGAAUUGAACGAGACGUCCAGCGAUUACACCCCCAUGAGCCCAACAGAAUAUGCCAAGCUGGUAGCAAACGACUUAUUGAAGCCUCAUCCUAGACCGUUGCUCUGGAGAGGCGCUUUCGCGUCUGUGGCCUGGGGGCUGAGCUGGCUCGGCUGGGUAGGUAUGAUGGACAACGGGCAAAGGACACGAAGCGGCCUAUCGACUAUCAUACGGUGAUUGUUCGUAGGACUCAUACAUUGGGGGAUUGUGCGUUUCUGAAGGGAAAUUCGCCAACUUGAAAUGCGAGAUAGAGCUGGUCUGUAUUGACGGCGGACUCGCUUGUGUGCACCACUCGCUUGUGGACUACGUUAGGGCAAAUAUAGUAGAUGAGGAGUCGUUUUUCAACGGGUGCUGUACCCGAUUUUAACACA